AUUCUUAAAGGGGCCAGAGGGAAGGCGAGAGGCUGCUGACGGCCGGAAGGAAAAUGAGUGAAUCUUUGGUGGUUUGUGAUGUUGCUGAAGAUUUAGUGGAAAAGCUGAGAAAGUUUCGUUUUCGCAAAGAAACAAAUAAUGCUGCCAUUAUAAUGAAGAUUGACAAGGAUAAACGUCUGGUGGUACUGGAUGAAGAGCUUGAGGGCAUUUCACCUGAUGAACUUAAAGAUGAGUUACCUGAACGACAACCUCGCUUCAUUGUGUAUAGUUAUAAAUAUCAACAUGAUGAUGGAAGAGUUUCAUACCCUUUGUGCUUCAUUUUCUCCAGUCCUGUUGGGUGUAAACCUGAACAACAGAUGAUGUAUGCUGGGAGUAAGAAUAAGCUAGUCCAAACAGCUGAGCUAACCAAGGUAUUUGAAAUAAGAAAUACUGAAGACUUAACUGAAGAAUGGUUACGUGAAAAACUUGGAUUUUUCCACUAAUGUGAACUUCUGUGUUUCUAAAGUAUUUAUGUAUUAGCCUGACCAUACUGGAAUCAGACAUAAAUACUUAUUUAUGCCUAAAAUGCACUGUUACUUACAGUUUGUUCCUGCAGUAAAGAAAAAUCUUCAUUUGUGCAAAGUAUGAACAAAGAGGAAAUUAUCUUCCUAGUAAUGAAACUUUGUAAAGUGUUUCCUUAUAUUUGUAAUUGUUAGGUGGACUACUUCUCUCCAGGGACUUUUUUGCACUCUUGUGACUAAUUUCUAUAACUUAUGGUUCAGAAUUUGUUACUAUUUACAGACACCAUUGCAAAGUGGACAUUAGAGUGUUAUAGACAACAGUUGCCUCCUUUUGACAGAUACUGGAUAAUAGCUGUUGAUAAAUGAAAAUAAUGCUAUCACUUGUCAAAUCUUUGAGAUUAAUUUGAGGUUAAAGACUUGAGUGACCUAAUUUUGAGCCAUGAAUAAUAAUGUCGUGUAGCCUGAAUUUUGAGUACAGUUUUCAUCAAACCUUCUUUGGUUUCCUAAAUCUUUUUAACCAAGUCCAGAAACUAUGUUUAUCAAUCAUUCUUAAAGUCUGGAAGUUUAGAUUUUAUGAUAAAGAUUGACUGUGACUGUUAGGUUAUCUUGCUAGCAUCUUACAAAAAUUAAUGAGUUAGAACUAAUCAAGGGCUUCAUUUCAAUGAUAUAAUUUCUAGAUCAUUUUGAACCUAGGUUAAUAACAUUUUAUUUAUAAAGCAUCUCUUAAUUUUGUCCCAUAAACACUAGUUAUUUUAAAUGUGUUAAUACUGUGCCUUUGAUUUGUUAGCUUUAAAGUUAGGUUAUGACUUUUACACUGCCAGUAUUCCACAUUUGGUAAGAUGAUUACAUUUGUAAAGGGUCCAAGUAAAAUAAUUUUAUAACAUAUGUAUCUGCGAUUUGUAAUGAAACCAACUUCAUAUU